AUGGCAAGCAGCGCAAAGUUGGAGAUGUCGCAGCCUCCCCGGGCUGCUGUUCCCGUGAAAAAGGUGCAUUAUCCGUUCUGGUUUGGUGGCUCUGCAUCAUGUUUUGCGGCCACUGUGACGCACCCUUUGGAUCUUGGUAAAUUAUUCCUGGACCUUAUCGGCUGUGUUCGCUUGCAAACACGUGGGCCCGGAGCGCCAACCACCAUGCUGGGCACUUUUGGCCAUGUGAUUAAGAGUGAUGGAAUUUUGGGUAUAUAUAGAGGGCUUUCGGCCGCGCUCUUGCGACAGAUAACGUAUUCCACCACUCGCUUCGGUAUAUAUGAAGAGCUGAAAUCGCGCUUCACAUCGCCCGAUGCUCCCACUAGCACCCUCACCCUGGUCGGAAUGGCCUGUACAUCCGGCUUCCUUGGCGGUAUCGCAGGAAACCCGGCCGACGUUAUGAACGUGCGCAUGCAGUCCGACGCAGCUCUCCCCAUAGAGCAACGCCGUAACUACAGACAUGCCUUCCACGGACUGGUCCAGAUGACCCGCCAUGAAGGUCCCGCAAGUCUGUUCCGUGGCGUUUGGCCCAACUCGACUCGUGCCGUGCUGAUGACCGCAUCGCAAUUGGCCUCAUACGACACCUUUAAGCGUCUCUGCAUCGACAGGUUCGGCAUGUCUGAUAACCUGGGCACUCAUUUCACUGCGUCCUUCAUGGCUGGUUUCGUCGCGACAACCGUCUGCAGCCCCGUGGACGUGAUUAAGACCCGUGUGAUGAGCGCUUCCCCGGCCGAGAGCCACGGCCACAACAUCGUGGGUCUCCUACGAGACAUCACCCGCAAGGAAGGCUUCGCCUGGGCCUUCCGCGGCUGGGUUCCUAGCUUCAUCCGCCUGGGUCCCCAUACCAUCGCUACAUUCAUCUUCCUGGAAGAGCACAAGAAGCUCUAUCGUCUGCUGAAGGGCGUCUCCGAGGAGAAGCACACAGCAUAG